AAAAGACAGCACGGGCAAUUCCCGGAUAUCAUAGAAUAUUUGGGGCUAGAUCGCGAAAACCCCAUCUUACCAAAUCCAUUAUCGAUUGGUCCUUUCAAUGUCAACGGGGAAGGGUCGACACAGAAAAAAGCAGAAGAGCCGGCGGGGUUGAGGCAGUAAAUAGUUUUCGUUUGUGGGAUUUUUUGUUUAGUUUUUCUGUUGUUGCAAUUCGCGCUUCUCAGAUCGCGAGAUUUACGUACCCAUCGAAGUCUAUUCUCCGCAGUUUUUGUUUAGGAAUUGGUUGUUGUGUGUGUUUACUAUAUGGCGAACUCAAAGGGGGGAUCUUCUAGUAGCAUAAGAAAUGCAAUGUACAAUGGCAAGAACUCUCUACUGCCACCUAAAAGUCCAUUUCCAAGUAUAUCCCCAUCCUACAUCCUGCCUACGAUCACCACACAAAAGAACAAUCCUGUCCAGAAGCCAAACAACCAUCACCAGCGCACUUCCUCUGAAAGCUUUCUGAUGGAUGAACAACCUUCUUGGCUUGAUGAUCUCCUUAAUGAAGAUCCUGACACCCCUGUCCGUAGAGGAGCUCAUCGCCGUUCAUCCAGUGAUUCUUUUGCUUAUUUGGACGCUGCUGCCUCUAAUCUUUCAAACUUGGAUUACACGUUUCAAAGCUCUUGGGGACUCAAUAGAGAAUUUGAUCACCCCAGAGAUGGUUGGCACCCUGCUCCUUUUUAUGCGGUUUCUAAUUCCUCAACCAAACACAGGAAUCGGGCAAGGGAGGCAUCUCCUGCAAAUCAACAUGGAGUCCCUUCUCCUAGAGAAACUAAUGUUGGUGUUGAACCAGAGAGGGCCCAAUCCUCAUCAAGCAGUGAGAAGUGGGACACAGUUGAAUCCAUAAGCUCUGCUGAAAAGAAGGACCCCAAAGGUUCUGCCUCAGAAACAGACACAAAACGGGCAAAGCAGCAAUUUGCUCAACGUUCACGAGUGAGGAAGCUUCAAUACAUAGCUGAGCUGGAAAGAAAUGUCCAAGCUUUACAGGCUGAAGGUUCUGAAGCUUCUGCCGAGCUUGAAUUCCUCAAUCAGCAAAAUCUUAUAAUGAACAUGGAGAAUAAAGCUCUAAAGCAACGUCUAGACAGUUUAGCUCAAGAGCAACUAAUCAAACACUUUGAGCAUGAAGUACUGGAGAGAGAAAGAGGAAGACUUCGUUCCUUGUAUCAGCAGCAACAACAAACACAAACAAAUCAACAGCUGCCACCUUCUGGCCACCGGCGCACUACAAGCAGGGAUCUUAUUGAGCAACAGUUUUCGAACCUUUCUUUGAAAAACAAGGAAGCCGCUUCUUCUGAUCAUGAACCUCUCUCUGGCCAACUCAAUGUCUGACCCUGCAUUUUGCUACAACCACCUUUAGAACAUCUGCUGACCUUUCUUCAGCCGAUAUGGCUUGAAACUUAUAAUAUCUGUUGUGUCAUUAUUUAAGUAAUUUUUUUAUACCUUCAGGGCCUUCGCUUAAUGUGCACCUGGCUGGUGAUUGGUGGUGCCAGGGAAUCUUGUUUUCUGGCAGUUGCUUGCCUGGGGUGAUUGUUUCAACCUUUGAUUCUUCUUUCUUUUCUUCUUCUUUUUCCUCUUCGUCUUCUUCCAUUCUUCUUCCAUUUGUGUAUGUUGAUUAAGAACUGUGUUUCCUUUGACCCACUUCACUUGUGACCAAUGUGGCUCACAAAGCUCUUGAAAGAGUGUAUAAUGAUUAUUGUAAUGUUCUGUUUUGUGUCUAGUUUUCUACUCAGUUGUGCAAUACAGAAAAUAUAGUUUCUCCAUAUUUAAUGCCUAAACUUCGUCUUUAACCUAAUCCUAAUAGGUCAGGAGUUAGGAUAGGACUGAUAAGGUCUGCUUGGCAUGCGGAGUUAGAAAAGCUUUCAGCUAGCUGAAAGUUACAUAAUAGGCUCAACUUAAAGUUAAUAAAGUCAGUAGCUAGGAACUAAAUUCUUUGAUUGGUAUAAUUAGUGUUGAGUUGUGGAUUUGUGUAAAAAGAACAAAAUGGGGCAUCCUCAAUUAAAGGCACCCAUAGCCCUAAAUCCCAAUACUGUUAGUAGGUAGUUGAGUGAUUUAUUAUGCUGGAAAUCUAACAAAAAAGUAUCCAAAAGGAAUGGAAUAUGAACUUGAACCGCUUCAUCUUGAACUGCCU